AUGGACACGUGGAACACCUGCGGGAGAGCAGGGGUGGGGUCACCCAGAGCGGUAGAUCCGAGCGGGGGAUACCCCAGGAGAUGGGGGUCGAGGAAAGUCCCCAGGGAGGAGAGAGAGAGGGAGGUUCACCCCCCUCAUCCCGGACCCGCCCCCCAAAAGAAAAAAGAAGAAGAAGAAAACAUGUCAGGACACAAAUGCAGUUAUCCCUGGGACUUACAGGAUCGAUAUACUCAAGAUAAGUCUGUAGUAAAUAAGAUGCAGCAGAAGUAUUGGGAAACGAAGCAAGCCUUUAUUAAAGCCACAGGGAAGAAAGAAGAUGAGCAUGUUGUUGCCUCUGAUGCAGACCUGGAUGCCAAGCUAGAGCUGUUUCACUCGAUUCAGAGAACCUGUUUGGACUUGUCUAAAGCAAUUGUACUCUAUCAAAAGAGAAUAUGUUUCUUGUCUCAAGAAGAAAACGAACUGGGAAAAUUUCUCCGAUCCCAAGGCUUCCAAGACAAAACCAGAGCAGGAAAGAUGAUGCAAGCAACGGGAAAGGCCCUCUGCUUUUCUUCCCAGCAAAGGUUGGCCUUGCGAAAUCCAUUGUGUCGAUUUCACCAAGAAGUGGAGACUUUUCGGCACCGGGCCAUCUCAGACACUUGGCUGACGGUGAAUCGCAUGGAGCAGUGCCGGACUGAAUACAGAGGGGCAUUAUUAUGGAUGAAGGAUGUGUCACAGGAGCUUGAUCCAGACCUCUACAAGCAAAUGGAGAAGUUCAGGAAGUCAGCUCUCAGCCUCCAGUCUGCCAGACCACUUUCUGCAAGCCAUCCCUUUGUCAUCCUGUAAUGGAAGAGAAUUAUAAUACAGAUGUGUGACUCGUAAUGUAUCAGUGUUUCAUCACCCAAGUACUUUCACAGUCUACUUCUGGAGGAUGACUCCUUCAUACCCAGAGGGUCUCUCACCUAGGAUUGCCAGUGGCCCAUCUUGCUCCACGGUGAGGUUCACAGAGAAGAUUAAAGUGUUAUUGUCUAAAGGAAGACAGCCUUGAAGAGGCAAUUCACCUGCUAGGAAGAUUAGCAUGUAUUUUAUAAUGCAGGGCUGUUUGGCUCUGCCUUUUCCCUCACGUGUGCCUCCUUUCCACAAUGUUCUUGGCUUUGCUUCUGUAUAGUCUAAGACCUAUUAAAGUGCUUUUCCUGAAAACAAAGAAGCAGUUUCUCCUCAAAGAUGAAAUCAGACAUCACUUUCAAUGUUGUUUCCCUUUCUUUUUUUGCUAUAAAGGCUUUCAAAAACAUGGAAUUGAGUUUUUGCUGAUAUGGCACUUUACACAAGGAUGGGAUGCUAUCUGAGGAGUGGUAGUCAGUGGGGAUAGGAAUGAGGAGGAACUUGGAAAUAAGGCAGAUGUUGGAGGUACCAUGCCAGGCCUUUCGGGGAGAACAAUGCAACUAGACCUCAAAGGCUCUAGAACUGGAGGGCACCUCGGGAUUUGAAAAUUGGCUGAUCUCCUCUCUCUGUCAUCAGACAGAACUCAUGGAUUCCUAGCCACUGUCUGAGUCUGGGUCUUAUUUAGUUCUCCACUGCUAAUUAUUUCUUUCCAUAUUCCCCAGUUCAAAUUUCCAGGAUAAAGAAUUUGAUUGGGCUAGUUCAUCAAUGUCUUUUAUGUUUGAGCAGAGCUCUUUAUACCAGAUGACCUCACAGGUCAUUGACCCAGAUGGAAUGACUCCCUUGGGUCAGAUGACAACCCCAGGUCUAAUCAGUUGUGUUGAUGGAAUGGAGGUGGGGGUGAGGGACAGGGUCACAGGGUAAACCACAAAGCCACUCCUCAGGGAAUAAGCUAGGGUUUCUCCUUCAGCAGAGGCUGUGGGUGGGGCAGAUCCCCUCUGAAGAAGCCUGUGGGCCUGGCAAGGACAGUAAUUGCAGGGUAACCAAGUAGCACAAUGCCGUCUUUCCUACAGGGAAUACAAGGGAAAGCUGACUUUUAAUUAAUGAUAAACAUCCACACUUUGACCUCAGCAUGUUUUCCUUUCAGGGCCUCAGUUUCUUCAUCUGUAAAAAAAUCAGACAGUCCAUCUUAGUGAUUUCUAAGGACUGUACUUCCAUUCAGGGCAGAUCCAAGUUUUAUAAGCCUAGGCUUACAUGUUUGGAUCUCUCUCUAGGAAAAAAAAAUACGAAAUCAGGUACAAGGUCUUAGAAGGGGCCCUGAAACUCAAGCUUUCUUGGUUUCAUAUAAAUCCACCUCUGCUUCUAUUCUUAAAUUCUGUGGUUCCUUUUGGUCAUUGUUUUGAAUUUUGCCUACCUUUUGUGCUCAUAGCCCGAGACCUAUGAACCCUAAACAGGCUGGUUUUUAGCUUAAUUCCCAAAAAACAGUGUGUUCCCCAACAGUCCCUUAAAUAGACUAUAGGCAAUUUGGUAGUUUAAGAAGGAAAAAAAAACCCUGAUCCACAAAUGUUUUAUAAAUUUGAAGUGUAGUGUUAUUGAAAUUAAUUAGCAUGAUUUUUACAGAAAUCUCUUUACUUUCUAACUAUUCAUUCUUCAAGGUGCAUCCAUGCCUCAAAGAUAGAGGUAGUUUAUGUCAGCUAAUGUGCCUUCAGGCUCUUGAUUUGUUGCUAUGUAUAUUUGUUGAAUUUGCAUUUAUUGUUAUCACUGUAUUGCACCAUAAUUGCCUGUUCACACAUAUGGAUUAGUAGCUCCAAAGAGAUUCAUGGUAAUAUAAAAUUUGAUAUGAAAAUAUUGAUGUAUUAAUUCAGAAUAACUUUACGAAUAUAACAGGGAACAGUACUCUAUUGCGGAAGGUCAGUGGGGGAAGGGGGAGGAUUGUAAAUAUAUUUGUUGAGUUUGCAUUUCAAACAAGCAACCAAAAAGGAAAAGUUCUAAAAGGAAGUGUGGCAUUAUUGAAAAGCUGGCUUUAAUUGACUCAUUAGUAUAUUGUCUAAGAUGAAAUUUUAUCAAGUAGGGGCAAGAACAAUUAGUUUUCUUUCAUAACAUUUUCCACAAAAUGUUUAAUAACGUAUGUGUUAAACUAAGGGGCUUCUCCCCCAGCAUGAGACAAAGUGAUGCUUUCUUUCUAGUAUAAUCUUAAUUGAUUUUAUUAACUAAAAGCCAAAAGGGAAAGAAAUGAGAGAGGCAGCAUUGUGAGCUGCACUCCACAUAUCAGUUCCUUAAAGACUACAGCUUCUUGUUUCUGGGCUGGUAAGGUAGGGACCAGCUGUGCUCAAGAAGCCUGGACAGUGGUGCAGAUGCCUUUAUUAUUUGAGUUUACUCUUUGCCAACACCUGGUGGAGAACACAAUUGAUAAUCCAUUGUUCAGCACAACUUAAAACCAUAUUGAAAUACUUUAGUAGACUAUAAAGGAAUGUUUUCCAGAGCCUAGUAUAGCAAAAGACUGGAUUGGAAUUUACUUGCCACCACCCCCCAGGUGGACACAGCUUUCCAGCUUUUCAGUGCAAAUGCCAGUUAGUCAGCUGGUGAACUGACAGCUUAUCUAAAGUUAUAAAUCUCCAUAAGGUUGGUUCAUGCUCAGUCUGAAUAGGAAGACUCCAUUUUUUCCCCUCUUCCUCUUCCUCCUUUUACUCCUCCUCUUCCUCUUCCUUCUUUUUUACUGUGGUUGGAAAAUGGUAGACAUAAUUUUUUAAAGAAUCUGAAACAUAGUUUGUAUCAUUCUUCUUUCAUCUUUAUCAUCUCUGUUUUAUUCACCCCACAGGUACAUUUUUUUAAUGCCCAUGAUAUAGGUUCAUAGUAAAAUUAACCCAAAAGUACAGAGAAUUCCCACAUACCUCCUCCCUCUACCACACACAUAGUCUUUCUCACGAUCAAUAUACCAUAUCAGUGUGGUACAUAAUUAAUGAGUCAGCAUGAAUGCGUUGUCAAGCAAAGUCUGUAGUAAAUUAGGAUUCACUCUUUGUGUUAUUGAUUAUAUAGGUUUUAACAAAAGUAUAAUAUCAUAGAUACACCAUUAGAGUAUAAUAUAGAGUACUUUCACUAAGCUAAAAAAUCAAAUCAAGUUAAAGAACUAAUACACAAUAGAAAAAUAAAACAUAAAAUAAAAUGUAAUUCUCCUAUUGAUUAUAAGCCAAAAUAUGACAGAAUUGAGACCCAAACAUGUCAGCCUUUUCAUGUCAGUCUUAAGCCCAUAAAUGUUGAUGGGCUUAACUCACUUAUUAAAAAGAGAAAUUUUCAGCUGAACUCACUAAGCAAGAUUCAACCAAAUAGGCUGUAUCCAAAAUAAAAUUAAGAAAGGCUAAAAAACAAACAAAAAAGGAAUAAGCAAAGAUAUAACAACCAAAUAGAAAUAACAAAAAUCAGAUGUAGCAAUAUUGAUAUCAGAGAUAUAGGAUUUUAAAAGCAUUAAAUAAAAAAAUACCUUUUAGUGCUAAAAGCCACAAUUUACAAUGAAGGGAUAAUAUUUAUGAAUAUCUAUGUACUAAAUUAUAACACAGCAACUUUUAUAAAGCAAAAAGUACAAGAGAUGCAGGGGAGACACCAGAAGAAACACCUCCUAAUAGAAGAAUUUAAUGUACCACUCUCAGUAUAAGACAAAUAGACCAAAAAAAAAAAAAAAAGAUAUUGAAGAUCUAGACAAUCUAGAUAGCAUAAUCAAUAAGGGUAUAUAUCAUCUUUAUAGCCAGAUAAUAAGAAAUAUACCUUCUUCUUAAGUGCAUCUGAAAGAUUGACUAAAAAAAGAUCCUACGUAAAUUGAAAUUAGAGAAUUUCUGAAAAUCAUAAUGAAAAAUGCCACACACCAGAAUCUGGGGUAUGUAUAAAGCAAUGAUCAAAGGAAUAUUGAAAGCCUUAAACACUUAAUAAAAAUUAAAGAUGACAAUAAAUGAAUUAAAGUCUCAACUUAAAAAUCUAGAAAAAGAAUAAGAAAUAAACCAGAAUAAAGCAAAA